AUGGCUUCGAAUACUGUUCUGUUGAGUCUUUUGUGUUUCAGCUUGAUAUCGUACCAAGCAAUUGCUUCGAGAGCAAUGGAUCCCACACAAGGAUUCACCUCUCUUACUCUUGAUCAAUCAAAUUUUGAUGUUCAAUGGCCAUAUAAUAUGCAAGAGGAUCAAAGAUAUAGCUACGAAAAUGGCAUUCAUAGGAUGUGGGUGUUCUCCAAUGAUAAGCCUCAUUCCCCUACUAGCCAUACUAGACCACGAACUGAGAUCCGUAUACAGGGAUACGAUUACUCUUCGGGUGUAUGGCAAUUUGAAGGACAUGGGUACGUACCAAGUGGCACAUCUGGGGUAUGCAUCAUGCAAGUGUUUGGAGCUAGUGGUGAUCAUGCUUCAACCCUAAUGCUUAGAACCUACAAUGGUGACCUCCAUUAUUACAGUGAUGCAGUGAUUGCCAAGAACAUUUAUGAUAGAUGGUUUAGACUUAAUGUGAUCCAUGAUGCUGAUGCUGACAAACUACAUAUCUACAUAGAUGGGGCAAUGGUGUAUGAAGCAGAUGGACGAGGAGGGGAAUCUCAUUACUUUAAAUGUGGAGUUUAUGAACAGGAUGAUGGAUCUCCCAAGAUGGAGUCUCAUUGGAAGGGAAUCAAGGUUCUAAAAAAGAUGUAA